AUUGAAGUGCUUUGUCCUCCCUCCUCAGGUUCACUGCUGAGGGCUUAAACAUUAAUGGCUUUGUUUUAAAAGUCACUCACCAGCAGCAUCUCUGAAACAGAAACCUGCAUCCUCACCAUGACUGACUUCGGGGAGAUUCUGCAGAGUGUUGGAGAGUUCGGACUCUUUCAGAAAACCAUUUUGUUUGCACUUUGCUUCCCGAGUCUUUUUCUAAAUUUUCACUUCGCCAGUCUGAUUUUUGUUGAGUCAGACCCGGAGCGACACUGUAACACCGACUGGAUCCUUAAGUCUGCCCCAAACCUGACUACAGAGGAGCAGCUGAACUUGACUCUGCCCCGCCGGGAGGAUGGCAGCUUCAGCAGGUGUAGGAUGUUUGUUCCAGUGGACUGGGACAUCCAGACCAUCUGGGAGUACGGACUCAACGACACCACAGUGUGCACCAACGGAUGGGUUUACAGCAAUAUGAAGUACGAGUCCACCAUAGUCACUGAUUUUGAUCUAGUCUGUGACCAGGCUUUUUUGAAAGAAGUGGCACAGGCUGUGUUCAUUGCAGGAAGCCUGGCUGGAUGUCUUCUACUUGGACCAUUUGCUGAAUCGUUCGGUCGGAAGCGUGCCACUCAGAUCCCAGUUUUUCUGAUGCUCAUAUUUAGUGUAACGACUGGCCUCUGUCCCAACCUGUACCUGUACCUGUUGUCUCAGUUCAUAGUGGGGAUUGGCUAUGGAGGAUAUCGACUUAACAGUGUUAUUCUGGUUACAGAGUGGAUCGGUCCAUCCCGGCGGUCAUGGGGAGCUUGUGCCACCCAGUUGUUCGGUGCAUUGGGGCAGUCCGUCCUUGCAGGCCUCAUAUACUACAUCAGGAACUGGAGAAUGGCUCAGUUCAUCAUAGGGACUUCAUUCACUGUGGUCUCUGUUUACAUAUGGUUCAUUCCAGAGUCAGCCAGGUGCUUGCUGGGAAGAGGACGCAUAGAUGAAGCCAAGCUGCUCAUUACCAAAGUGGCAGCCAUCAACAAACGCACUAUUUCAGACUCCAUCCUGGAAAAGAUUGUUAUGAAAGAAGCUGAGACAAAGGGAGGCAUAAUAGUUCUUUUCCAAUCCCCUGUUCUUCGGAAGUAUUUCCUUACCAUAAUGAUGGCAUGGUUCUCGCUGAAUCUCACUUACUACUGCCUUUCCUUCAACGUGGGAAACUUUGGUUUGGACAUUUUCCUGACUCAGGCCAUGUUUGGCCUGACUGAACUGCCGGCUAAUAUUCUGUGUAUUUGGCUGCUGGAGUUGGUGGGGAGGAAGGUUUCCAUGAUGUCCACAAUGUUGAUCGGAGGAUUCCUGUGCUUUUUAAUUCUUGCCGUCCCUCAAGAUAAUGCCAUUGCUGUGACCUCAUUGGCAAUUGCUGGGAGAAUUUUUAUCAGCUGGGCUGAUUCAGUUUGUUGUCUGUAUGUUCAGGAGCUGUUUCCAACAUCGUUUCGGCAAACAGCUUCUGGUUUGGGCUCAAUUGCAAGUAGAGUUGGGGGGUUACUGUCACCCCUGCUCAACAUGUUGGCUGUGUACCACUGGUCCAUACCCAUCGUGGUCUACAGCAGCCUCACAGUGGUCAGUGGAGCUCUGAGCUACCUGCUUCCUGAAACCAGAAAAAGGGAACUCCCAGAUUCUACUGACGAGGCGGAAAGAAAACUAAAGUAUACUACCUCGAGAAACCAGCCUGAGUCCAACAAACCUGCACUAAACAAAACAACCAAACUGUAGUUUGGGUAGUUAUUGUUUUACUUUUCAUCAGUUGGUUUUCUCCUCACUUUUCUGUGGCAACAGCAGCCGACAUUUAUUCAUGUGUGCAAUUACCUGGCUGACUAACAGAUUAUUGUAACCUGGAUCCACAGUGAUGGUAGCGGUUAAUUAGGUUUAUAUUCAGUUAAAUUCACAGAUUCUUCUUUGGGAAGAAAGUUUACAAAAUUUGCAGCACAGAAGGUGAAUGAAUAUUAAAUAUUUGUUAGGGUAUUGUAUGGGCUCGACCUAUAUAGGGCAGGCCAUGCCAAGCAAUAUUCCAAAUGUCAGUUUAUGUUAAGAAAAUAAAAGUAACAUUUCAAAAAAUGUACGAUUACUCACCAAAUGUAGAAUAAUAGGAGAAUCUAUGGUUUAGCUCGAAAAGGUUUUUCUCUGAAACUGUUUUUUAGUGUCUUGUCUUGUUCAUGUUUCGUUUUUUUCUGUGUGCCAUGAACACACCAGGUUUGAUUUUGUAUUUACAUUAGCACCUACUAAAGUAUGAUUAUCCCUCCUGUCUCUUCACCUUUCUAUUUUCUCCAUGUCAUGUUUUAAAUUUUAAAAGUACAAAUUCUGCUGUGUUAGCCUUUUUGUCCUCUUUCAGUCUUUUAAAAUAACUAAUAUAGAAAAUUUCUUUCCAUGAAAAUGAAACAUUCUCAAGUAAAAUGUUAAUACCGGAGUGUCUCCAGAGUUAGAGAGGACCAGAUCCAGAACCAGAUCCACAAGAUCCAGAUCCUGAGAUCCACUGACUGACAGAGCAUCUGAUGGCCUAAGAAAACCUGUGAAAAAAAGAGUUUCUAUGGAACAAUCUGAUUACACCUCCAGUUACCUAUGUUGGGUUUUAAUCAAAGAUGUUGUUGCAUGAAAUGAAACAACGCAUUUUACUCUUUAUAUAUCAGUUAAUUUAAAUUUCUUUUGUUUAAGCAUUAACUAUUGCUGCAACUUAACUCUGCUGGUUACUCUUACACACUAAAGUACAUGUGAAUCCUCUAA